AUGCUGCACAUCCUGCUUUCAAUCAUCAAGUGCGGCUCAACGCGCUUGAACAGCAUCAAGACGAAUGUCACAAGAAGGCGCAAGAAGGACGGGAAGCUCAUGAAGCACAAGCAAAACUCGCGGAAGGGGACGGAUAAGAAUGUGGAUGCAUUCUUGAGGAAGGAUGGCGCUCUAGCUGUGGGUGUUGAGGCGGAGGGCAACAAUCGCGAUGCUCCUCUAGAAUAUUGCCUGUGCUACAGUGGAUGGGGACCGCUGACUGCUAGGAGGGUGUGGAACAUCAAGACCAAGUCUAAGCUGCUGUACUGCUUUGCUGUCGCCACUACAAGCUGUGUGUUUCCGAACAUGGAGCAGCGGGUUGCGAACAAAGCGCUGGUGGAGCACCUGUACUUGUGUUUGUACUUGCUGCUGAGCGAAGAGCUGCACUUCAUCCAGUGUGGGGCUCCUGUGCUGGCACAGCACGUGGAGCUGUCCAACCUGGAGGAAGCUGAUCGCGCGGACGACGUGCUAGCCGUGGUGCGGAGGGAUGCGAAAAAGGGCCUCGGCAAGUUGCCGUGUAAGGUGGACAGGACGGGCAUUAAGGCGGCGAUUGUGCGAUGCGCUGCGGGCGGCGCCCUUGCACGUGCACCUGCACCGUGA